UUGCACAUUUUGCUGCUGUCUUUUUUCCUCUCCUCACUUAUUUCAACUGUUAUAUAUUCUCUCUCUCACACAGGUUUUUUUGUCCACUGCAGCUCAGAAGAACACACACGCUACCAUGGCAGACAAAGAGAAGAACGAUGAUAAGAAACCAAAGAAGAGCACAGAAUGCUGUGGUUAUCCAGUCAGUAUUUUUUUCAUUGUUGUCAACGAGUUUUGUGAGAGAUUCUCCUAUAAUGGAAUGCGCAGUAAGAGAACAGCAAAAUGUACAGUCAGUUAUUGGAAUAAAAAUAAUUUCAAACAGAUAGUGAGUGACAGAAACAUGUGUGUGCCUGUGUGUGUGUGUGUGUGUGUGUGUGUGUAUGUUUUCCUCUUAGCGGUGCUGGUGCUGUACUUCAGGUACUUCCUGCGUUGGGAUAAUGAUCUUGCCACCUCCAUCUAUCACGCGUUUGUGGCCCUGUGCUUCCUGACUCCUAUACUAGGUGCCAUAGUGGCCGACUCCUGGCUUGGAAAGUUUAAAACCAUCAUCUAUCUGUCCAUUGUCUAUGCCAUUGGCCAGAUAACCAUGGCAGUCAGUGCUAUUCAUGACAUGACUGACAAAGACAGAGAUGGCACACCAGACAAUACAGCAGUGCAUGUUGCCUUGGCUAUGGUAGGACUGAUCCUCACUGCGCUUGGUACAGGUGGCAUCAAACCCUGUGUGUCUGCAUUCGGAGGAGAUCAGUUUGAAGACCACCAGGCGAGGCAGCGAAGUACGUUCUUCUCUGUGUUUUACCUGUGUAUUAAUGCAGGCAGUCUCCUCUCCACACUCAUCACCCCCAUACUACGAGGUCAGGAGUGUGGCAUUCACACUAAACAGAAAUGCUACCCACUGGCUUUUGGUGUUCCUGCAGCCCUCAUGGUGAUAUCUCUGGUUGUGUUCAUUGCUGGCAGUGGAAUGUAUGUUAAAGCUGCACCCAAGGGUAACAUUAUGCUGCAAGUGUCUAAAUGCAUUGGGUUUGCUAUUAAGAACCGCUACAAAUACCGUAACAGUAAAUUACCAAAGAAGGAGCACUGGCUGGACUGGGCUGAAGAGAGAUAUGAUAAACUACUCAUUGUUCAAAUUAAAAUGGUGCUCAAAGUGCUUUUCCUCUACAUCCCACUCCCAAUGUUCUGGACCCUAUUUGACCAAAAGGGCUCCCGCUGGACCCUCCAAGCCACCACUAUGGAUGGGACAUUUGGAACACUGAUUCUGCAGCCGGAUCAGAUGCAGACAGUGAACCCCAUUUUGAUUCUCACAAUGGUGCCUGUCAUGGACAGAAUUGUUUAUCCCCUCAUCAAAAAGUGUGGCCUCAACUUCACUCCUUUGAAGAGAAUGACUGUCGGGCUGUUUUUAGCUGCCAUGGCUUUCGUGUCUGCAGCUCUGGUCCAGCUUGAGAUUGAUAAAACACUGCCAGUUUUACCUUCCUCUACACAAACCCAGCUGAAGGUAAUUAACAUGGGAAAUGCUCAGCUCCAAGUCAACAUCUCUUCCCACACAUAUCUUAUGCUUGGAUCCCUGCAGGCCAGUAAGGACUACAUGACAUUUGACAAUCCAGACAUUAAAAUAUCUUUGAAUACAAAUCCUGUGAUCAGUGAAAACUUCACCCUGAGUUUAGGAAAACGUCAAACUCUCAUCAUUCCCACUAUUCCUGAUGCCAUGUAUCUGACAAACGAUUUAACUGUCAAACCAGAGCAAGGCAACAAUGCAGUCAGAUUUGUGAAUGGUAUGAAUAGUGCACUGAAUGUUUCAGAUUUUGCACUCAUCGAACCAUCAGCUAUUUCAAACAACACACUCUAUUCACAGGGGUCUCAGACGUUCACCAUCACCGAUGGUGCUCAGUCAUGUCAGUUCUCUACACACUUUGGGUUUGGAGGAGCUUACACCUUCCUAAUCCCCAGCACAAUGACCUGGAUUGAAAAUUGUGGUGGCUCUGUAGUGAGAGUGGAAGAUAUUCAGCCCAAUACUGUGCACAUGGCCCUUCAGAUCCCUCAGUAUUUCCUUAUAACUGCAGGAGAAAUGGUGUUCUCCAUCACUGGCCUGGAAUUCUCCUACUCACAGGCCCCCAGUAACAUGAAGGCAAUGCUGCAAGCUGGCUGGCUCUUGACUGUGGCUGUGGGAAACAUUAUUGUGCUGAUUGUCGCAGAGCUGGCAAAAAUCCCUGACAAGUGGGCCGAGUAUGUGCUGUUUGCUUCUCUGCUAGUGGCAGUGUGCGUAAUCUUUUCAAUAAUGGCUUAUUUCUACACCUACAUCGAUCCUGCUGAGAUCGAAGCCCAGUUUAAGGAAAACAACGAGCUGGAACCGGAUGAGAAAGAAGAAAAUGAACAUAAAGCUAUGAAGAUGGAAACACACAAAUUGCAAAGCCAAGAUGAACCGAUUUAAUACUCAUUUUAUAACAGAUGUCAAUUUCUGAUAUCUUUAAAAACAUACACCAGAGUGCUUACAGACAUUAUAAGUGUUAGAAAUACAUGCCAUGUGUAUGUAUUCAGAAGAAAACAUAAUACAUAGAGAUGCACAAUGUGAACAACCAAAUUGAAAGUAUGCUGGAUACUGAAGCAACUAUUAUAUAUAGAUAAUACAUUUUUUCAACAGAAAAGUCAAUUUUGUACAGUUUAAGAAAUUGGUGUAUAUAUACAUACACACAUUUAUUUAGAAAAUACUAAAUAAGAGAUGCACAAUGUGAACAACCAAAUUGAAAGUAUGCUGGAUACUGAAGCAACUAUUAUAUAUAGAUAAUAUGUAUUUUCUAAAUAAAUGUGUGUAUGUAUAUAUACACCAAUUUCUUAAACUGUA